AUGAAGCCUUUUCGAGGUAAAGUAUUCGUCAAAGGACAAUAUGGAAACAACGAUUGUAGUCGAAAUUAUAAUGGAACUGAUUUCACUCAUACUUCUCAUUCAGAUGAUCAUCGAUCAAAUAUUGCUACAGCAGAAUUGCAAUCAUCAAAAGAUUUUGAUUUCAAUGCUAAGCAUGAAUAUGAUAAUUCGAUAUUGACAACAGCUUCAAUAACAUCUCAUUGCCCGCCAUGUCCGAUCUGUUCGGAUGAGCUGAAAGUUAACAGACAAUGGGAAGCUAUCGAAAAUACUGCUGAUUUGCUUAUUAGACUUGGCACCUGUAAUAUUAAAUAUGAGCAACAGACACAACCUCGUGCAAUGAUCAUAUCAUUAUCAAUAGUUGUUAGCUUUCAUCAAAAUCUUCUUACCAAGCUUGAUCGAGCAUUUCGUAUUCAAUGUGCCUAUAUGGAAGGUAAUAAAACAAUCGAUGCUGAUUUAAAUGUUAGUAUGCCGCCAAGUAUAGAAAUUGAAUCGAAAAUGAAUUCACCGCAAUGCAUUUAUACAGUAAAGAGUCCAUCUGGGAGUGUAAUCACUAAUGCUCGAGUUGGUGAGCUCGUUGAUCAUCAAUGGAUUUGUCAAAGUCCUUUCAAAGGAGUACAUGCAAUGUUAGUGAGGAAUUGUUAUGCAGAAACCAAUGAUAACUUUAGGGUUCUUGUUAUCGAUGAAAAUGGAUGUUCAUUGGAUCCGUAUAUUUUACCGAAUUUACAAUAUGCAUCAGAUUUGAUGUCAGUCAAAAUACGUGCACCUGUUUUCAAAUUUCCUGAUCGUUCCCAAAUUGGUUUCCGAUGUGAUGUCCUUGUUUGUGUACGAGGUCAACAAGAUUGCGAAUUAAUUACGCCACCAAAUUGCGCUAAUGGUAGACGAAAACGUCGUGAUCUGUUCAAUGUUAGCCGAGAGAGUUUGAUUCUUCGAACACCAACGAUUAAUAUCAUCGACUUGGAUGAUACUAUUCAAGGAUUGGAAUCAGAACAGUUAAUUUUGAAUCCUUCAUUAUCCGAUAAACCAUUGCGAUAUUGUUUGACAGUAACUCGAUUUGCAUGUUUCAUUGCAAGUACAACAUUUCUAAUUACUACUGCAGUAACCUUCGUUGGUGUUUCCAUUAUCAGCUCCAAUUCACAUCAUAUCAAUACCCUAUCAGCAUCCGAUUUGUGA